UUUGUAUGUUUAGGUGUUAAAUAUGACUCGUAGUGCAAAAGAUUUACGGGCUAUUAUAAAUAUGUCCAAAUUAUCAAUUCAAGAUUACAGUUCUGAUAGUAUUUCGAGUGAAGAUGAUCCAUCUGAUCUUUCAAAUUACUUAUCAUCUCGACCAAGUUCUGCUAUGGGCGCAAGCAGUUUUGCUACAGUUACCGAAUUAACUAGACCUGGUUCUUUGUGCCAAAAAAGAACAUUGUUUUAUACAAAUUUUAAUGAAAAAGAUUUCAGACCGAAUACAGAACCUGCUAAAAACAAGGCGUCUGAUAUAUUCCAUCACCUUCCCCAUUCUGCUGGUAGAAGUACUGGUUCUUUGGAUGAAAAAAAGAUUUUAAUUUUUCCUAGUAAAUAUAUGCCAAUCCCUCCUAUAUCAAAUAACUUAUUAAAGGAAUUUGAUGCAGCAUCUUUAGGGAAGGAUGCUGUUCAGAGGGGUAAAGAUUUUGAUAGGUGGUUUCAGUACUUAGAUGGUACAAUUGUUGGUGUCUGGUUACAAGAAAGCAACAAUAUGUUAAAUCACCUUAAUGAUUUUGUCAAAACAGGAAAUAAUUAUGUAGAACUAGUUCACUUUUUCUUAACAAAUCUUCCUUUUGAAAAAUACUGCAAGUUGUUAGACCUAGAAUUUUCCAUUAUAAUGGACCAGUUAAACUUUGCUUUUCAAUCUGGCAAUGAGAACUUAAGUAACAAAGACUUGCGUAUCAUUAUGAAUAGUGUUCUGAAAGAAUAUCCAAAAGCAUUCAAUCAACGUAAAAAAGGAAUCGAGCUAUUGUUGGAUAUUAUUUCAAUUUUCUGUAGUGACAAAGGUGAGCGUUACAGAAAACUCUUGCAAAACAUUAAAUGCUCAACACAGAAUAAACAAACUGUCAAGUGGUUGUUAGCUCUUCGUGCAUUUGGCUUAAUUAGUUUCGUAUCUGGAGUGUUAAAAUUUUUUGAAAAUGUGUUAUCGUUACAACAAAAUUUCUCAGAAGCUAUUCCAAUACAGAAACAGUCUGUUGAUAUGAAUAGUUGCUGUAUUGAAGCUGUGCGUAAAGAUUAUAGUGAUGUUGUUGACUAUCUAAUUGCUCAUCAGAAUGUUGAAAUUGAUAAAGUGGUUGAUAAUAGCAAUCGAAAUCUAAUUUUCAUUGCUGCAAUCGAAGGAAAUAUUGGCAUGAUGCAUCAUUUAAACAAGUUGUCCACAACCUUAGACAUUGACAAAGCUUCAACUAAUGGGAACACUCCGUUACAUUUUGUGAUCAGCAAAAAUGACAUUGAAACAGCAACCAGUUUGCUUGAUAUGGGCGCCAAUGUAAAUAUGUGGAAUGCUGAGGCUGAUGGUGCCACCCCACUUCACAUUGCAGUAAUGUUAGGUGAAAUAAAAAUGGUUGAGUUACUUCUUCAAUUCGGUGCUGACAAAACAGUGUGUAUGGGAGUACCAGCAGACAUUACACCUCUUCUACUGGCUGAACAGCUGAAUCAUGCUGACAUUGCAGAACUAUUAAAGAGAUAGAAGAAAAACCAGUGACAUGCUGAUAAAAAUACGACACACUAUCAUUGAUUUUCUUUCCGGUGUGGGCCGAUUAAAAAACCUAAUUUAUUUUUUAGAUCGCAAUAUGUUAUGAAGUUUAGAACUUUAUAUUCACUAUUUAAAUCCUGAUCUCCGUACAGAAGUGUGUUUUGCCUAUCCCUUGCUAGUACGACAGAUGGUGGUUUUGGUAAGGGCACAUGAUUACUCCUUCUGGAAUUUCUUUCUGGUCAUAAUGACCAUAUUUUAACAGCUUUGAAUUCAAGACGAAUUAUUUUUUAGGCUCAACUUUUUUAACAACCAAUAAGAAUUCAAAACUGCAGCCACUGAGCAACAAUAACACCGACGCCAACAAAUAACUGUUAACUCUUAUUUUUAGCUGUACGUCUUGUAAUAUAUUGUUAUAUAUAUAAAAAAAGAUUUUAAAAGAGAA